AUGAGCAGCAAAGAGGAGAUGAAAAACAAAUUAUUAUUAUUCCUUUUAAGUUUGGAUCGCGGAAGCACUUCAAUGGAGGCGGCAGUCAUUUGGCAGUUGAGCCUCUUUUUGCUUAAUUGUCGCUCUCUUCCAGUUCAUCGUCAGUCUUCUCCACACAUAAGAAAAGGAGAGUUGGGUUCGCGUUUGAGUUCAGUAUUUGUGGGUCUAUUGCGUUCACUCCGAUUCUGUCGCCCGAGACUAAAUGGGAGUACAUAUAAGGGAAGCAUUAGAAGUUCAUUGGGAGGCGUCGGACGCAAUAUAUUUGACGGUCUCUCCAGACUAGGACUCAAACCACUGUUUUUGUCGGCCGUCGGCAACGACUCCAACGGGCACUCAAUACUGAACAACAAUCCAUUGAAAAAUCCCAAAGGCGUUCUCAUAUCGGAGACAAUACCCACCUCUUCGUGCAGUGUUAUAAUGGACGGGAAGGGCGAGUGCGGGCUUUUAGUCGGCGACAUGAGAGCUCAUCAGUUAAUUACUAAACAACAUGUAUCACAAUUCAAUGAUGACAUCUGUAGUGCACCGAUGGUUAUCAUUGACGCCAAUAUUCCAUUGGAGACAACGCUCUAUACAUUGCAUUUGUGUGCAAACUAUGGUAUUCCGGUAAUGGGUUUUAAACUUCAGAGAAGUGUGUCUGUCGUUCGGACUUUCUCUUUAAAGGUAUCGAAUCGUAUGCAUCAUUCGGUGCCCUAA